GCGGGGGCGCGCUCUUCCCCACCUCGGAUGGGGGAUCGGGAGGAGGAGGAGGUGGUGAAGACCAAAUGCAUCCUAUGUCCGCACCACCGGGGCUGGGAGCAGCCUGAUGAGCGCCUCGGGCCGCUAGAUGAGGGGGGCGGGAAAUCCAAAACGUGUUAUGCAAAUGAGAGAAGAAAGUCUUUUUGUUUGGCUGAGAUCAUCAUUUCACUGCAUAAAAAAUGAAAUCAUACUCAGAACUGUGAUUAGGAAGAAUGGGUCCUGAUGUUCCUUUACUAAACGAUUACAAGCAAGAAUUUUUUUGGAAGCGCUUUCCCCAAACCGUUCUUGGUGGUCCCCGAUUCAAAUUGGGCUACAGCGCCCCUCCUUACAUAUACAUCAAUCAAGUAAUCUUAUUUCUGACGCCAUGGGUCUUAGGCGGUGUGGGCACAGUGCUGAGCGAAGUAAAAAUCUUAGAAGACUAUUAUGCAGCCACAGUCUCUGGAGGAUUAAUGCUCAUUGCUUCCUUUAUCAUUCAACUUCUAAAUCAAUAUGCCCGGAGGAAAACCUCUACCAUAGAGAGGCUGCAGAACCAAAACACCCUCACAGAUGAAGAUGAUUUUGACUUUUCAGGCUGCCUGGGCUCAGAAACUGUGAAAUUUAUAAUACCAGGCAAGAAGUUUAUAGCAAACACAAUAUUUCAUUCCAUCCUUGCUGGGAUUUUGUGUGGUCUGGGGACAUGGUACUUGUUACCAUACAGAAUAGACUUGCUGUAUGGCAACAUAGGAGGAACAGUUAUGAUCUUCAUAUUCGGCUGGGUAACAAUCUGUAUAGGAGAAUAUUCUUUAAUUGUCAACUCGGCCACGGAGACUGCCACCUUCCACGCUCAAGACACGUAUGAAAUUACAGCUCUUCUGAGGCCUAUCUAUAUAUUUGCGUUCAUCGGUGUUGAUAUUGCACACAGGUUUGUCACGACUGUGCCAGCUUUACUUUGGGCUAACAAAGUCUUGCAUGUGUUAUUUCUGUUUCUGCCCUUUCUGUGGGCUUUGGGCAUCUUACCACCUCUUGAUGCACUAGUCCUUUGGGGAAUGGAGCAGUUGCUGGAGUUUGUCUUGGGAGGAUCACCAAUGUCCAGUAAUUUACGGUUGCUACUUACAUUUAUCAUAUCAGCUGGGGUAACCAUAUCAGCCUAUUUUAUUCCCAACUCUAUUGGAUUAGUUUUAUUUAUAGCUGGAUUUGGCUUCAUACUCAGUCUUAAUUUAACGGGGAUGGGACUUGCCCUCAGGCGUCAUUUGAAGAAACGCAGAAAGUCCUCAAAUGACUGUGAUCCCUUCUACUGGAAGAUGACGUGGAGAGAACCUGUAUUUUACUGUGUCUUCCUAAUAUUGGUCUUACUAGAGUCCAGUUUGCUACAUAACUAUUGUUAUUUUACAUUUUCCUUACAAAGCCCUCAGGCCAUUGUCGGUUAUUGCCUCAUUAUACUCUUAGCCUUUUUAUGGAUUUUCAAAGAAAUUCAAGGUGCUUAUAUAUUGGGAAUCAUAAGGAAUCCAUUUUUCCAAAAUGACAUUCGUAUGCUAAAUGUCUUCAUGAAGAAGCAAAGUCGAUUACAGAAAGCAGCUUUUAUCAGAAGAAUUUUGCUCACUUUGGUGUCUCCUCUUGCAAUGGUGGCCUACCUCUCUCUGGACACUUCACUGUAUAACUUACAUUCGGUAUCAGUCUGCAUCGGAUUUACAAGGGCUUACAGGAUGAUUUGGCAGAACACAGAGAAUGCAAUGCUUGAGAUGGUUUUUGUAUCCAUUAUACAGCUCUUCGUGUUUAACACAAAUGUCUGGUGGAACAGUGGUCUCGAUACAGGCAUUAGACUUCUACUGGUUGCUAUAAUUCGAGAUCGAUUAUGUCAGCUAGUGUCAAAACUGCAGUUUGCUAUAACUGUUCUGCUGACAUCCUGGACUGAGAAGAAACAAAGGCGGAAAAUGACCAGCAGCCUAAUUACAGUGAACAUCAUCUUCUUCCCCCUGGUGCUGACCCUCAUUAUCCUCUCUGCCCUGCUCUCCUCUCCUGUGCUGGCCCUCUUCACUCUCCCUGUGUUCCUGGUUGGAUUCCCUCGGCCUAUUCGCAGUUGGCCGGGCGCUGUAGGCUCUGCAGCAUGUGUCUGUUCUGAUACAGUCUAUUACCAGCAAAUGGUUCCAGGAUUUGCUUUUGCUUUGCAGUCUGCAUUUGCUUCAGGUAGUCUCGGAAUUGUUACUCCAGGUUCCCACUUCCUUUGCCGUUUUCAAGAUCGACUAAUAUGGCUGCUAGUACUUGAAAGGGGUUACACUUAUUGUUGUGUAAACAUUAAGGGAUUAGAGUUACAAGAGACCACUUGCCAUACAGCAGAAGCUCGGAGAGUAGAUGAAGUUUUUGAAAUGGCGUUUGAACAGGCAGAAAACUCUGGACGGUUUGCUCUGAAUAACCAUUUUGGGAAUGUCUUAACACCAUGCACUGUUGUUCCAGUCAGAGUGUAUUCUGAUGCGAGAAACGUCUUGUCUGGCAUAAUCGACUCACAUGAGAACUUGAGACAAUUUAAAGAUGACUUCAUUAAAGUGCUACUAUGGGUGCUUAUACAAACUUGCUACAAAAAGUCUAAAGCACAAGAGAACACAGAUCCAGAACAAAAGGAACCAAGCGAGAUUGCCUCAUCUGAAAAACACCAUGGAUCCGUGGAUCCACAUCCGGUAGAAUGUAAUGAAUCGGCAAAGGAGAUGGAAAGUUAUAAUGAAGACAUUGGUGAUGAGUGGUCUGAUGAUGACAUAUUUGAAAUUCUUCCCCAUCCAAAGAAAACUGGAAUGAAACCAAUUGUGGCUGCGACUGCUGAUGGGUUUUCUAUCCCAGGCAGCAUCCAGGCGCCACAUGUUGAUGUUUAUGUAGAGCAAGAUGUAGCAGUUGAUAAACUUUACUCAGUGGUGGGGUUUGGUCUUCCCGCAAGUGGCAAAGGAAAUACAACAAAAGUUGAACAUUUCAAAAUGGUUGAAUUCAACUCCUCCUACUCUAAUUUUCUCCGCAUACCUCAGGACUGGAUUUUUGGUUCUUUACUAAAUUUGGAAAUGAACGAGAUGAAGCACUUGUUUCCAACGGACUGGUAUGAGUUUGUUUUGACUCAGUUAGAUUUCCACCAUUUAAACGAGAAGCCUUCUGUGCUACUCAAGGAAAUUAUCAGAGACAGAUCACUAAGAGACCAGUAUAUUCAAGCACUGACAUCGAUUUAUUUUGCUUUCUUCAUGGAAAUUUCAUCUCCCAGCUCUGCCUGGCUAUUUAGAGCUUAUUUGGGUGGUAUGCCUUGGUCUGUUUCGCUGGACUGGCUGACUGGAAAUGCAGAACUGUUUCAACUCUCACUCAAAGCUUUCAGGUAUACGUUUAAGCUUAUGGUUGAUAAAGCGAGCCUGGGACCUGUGGAAGAUUUCAAAGAACUUCUCAAUUACCUUGAAGAGUAUGAUAAUGAUUGGUACAUUGGUCUGGUGUCAGACUCCGAGUGGCAAGAGGCAGUUUUACAAGAGAAACCCUACCUGUUCUCUCUGGGCCAUGAUCCAAACAUGGGCGUGUACACUGGCAGAGUACUAACCCUACAGGAACAGCUGGUACAGAUUGGAAAACUAAACGCAGAAGCUGUCCGAGGGCAGUGGGCAAAUCUUUCCUGGGAAUUGUUGUACGCUACGAACGAUGAUGAGGAACGCUACAGUAUACAGGCUCACCCAGUGCUACUACGAAACCUAACCGUGCAAGCAGCAGACCCACCUCUUGGAUAUCCAAUCUAUUCCUCUGUACCUCUCCAUGUGCCUUUGUAUUAAUCCCUUUGUAUCGUGUUUCUGCAUGUUCAGUGGAAAACACUCAUUUAUGAUCUAGUUACACAAUAAUAGAUGCUGCUGUUGGACUCAUUGGUUUAUUUAUUUUUUUCAUUAAACUGCACGUACAAGAUUUGUUAUGAUGAUGUUACCCUUCACAUUUACCUCUGAACCAAUCAAUUUAUUUUGUUUUAUAAUUCCAAUAGUAAUUUGACAAGUGACAAUAGGUCAUUGCUUCCUGUGUAAAUAUGUGCACACUUUUUAAAUAUGUUUGACCAAAAUGUGUAUACUGUAUAAAAUGUAUUUUAUAAAAUGUUCUUUGCGAUUGUAGUAAAA